UAUUUAUGUAGGCAAAAAGAGAGAGAGAAAAAAAGAGAGGGAGAGAGAGGGAGAGGGGGAAAGGGAGAGAAAGAGAGAGAAGAAACGGGAGGAGGGGAUAAGGAAAUUAAACCCUUUAAGUCAAUGCAUAUUGUGGUGACACCGGCACAGGAGCCCUCACGGUGGAGUCGGCCCGGGCUGUGCGUUCCCAAAAUAUGACCAGGGGUGCUUGGAUGUGUCGGCAGUAUGACGACGGCUUAAAAAUCUGGUUGGCAGCACCCCGGGAGAACGAGAAACCGUUCAUCGAUUCAGAGAGGGCUCAGAAAUGGCGACUGUCUCUGGCAUCUCUCUUGUUUUUCACAGUCCUGCUCUCUGAUCACUUGUGGUUCUGCGCCGAAGCCAAGCUGACCCGGACCCGGGACAAGGAGCAGCAUCAACAUCAGCAGCAACAGCAUCAGCAGCAGCGGCAGCAGCAACAGCGGCAGCGGCAGCAGCAGCAGCAACAGCAGCGGACGCGGCAGCAGGAGCCCUCCUGGCCCGCGCUCCUGGCGAGCAUGGGGGAGUCCUCGCCCGCUGCCCAGGCACUCAGACUGCUCUCCGCCUCCUCAUCCCCCACCCUCCCCCCCUCUCCGGGAGACGGCCCUGGCGGCGGCAAGGGCAGCGGGGGCAAAAACAACCGGAGCAAGGCUCUUUUUCUAGGAAACUCUGCCAAACCCGCGUGGCGCCUGGAGACUUGUUACCCCCAAGGCGCCUCCUCGGGCCAGUGCUUUACCGUGGAGAGCGCGGACGCGGUGUGCGCCAGGAACUGGAGUCAGGGGGUGGCGGCCAGGGGGGAGGAGCAGCAAGUGAGAGGGACACAUCCAACUGCACUCUGGAACUUGUCGGAUUUUUACCUUUCGUUUUGUAAUUCCUACACACUUUGGGAGUUGUUCUCGGGGUUGUCAAGUCCCAACACUUUGAACUGUAGUCUGGAUGUGGUGCUCAAGGAGGGCGGCGAGAUGACCACCUGCAGGCAAUGCAUCGAGGCUUACCAAGACUAUGACCACCACGCUCAGGAGAAAUACGAAGAGUUUGAAAGUGUGCUCCAUAAAUAUUUACAAUCGCAGGAGUACUCGGUGAAAUCCUGUCCUGAGGACUGUAAGAUUGUCUACAAAGCCUGGCUGUGUUCCCAGUACUUUGAAGUCUCACAGUUAAACUGCAGAAAGACAAUUCCUUGCAAGCAAUACUGUUUGGAGGUUCAGACGAGGUGUCCGUUUAUAUUGCCCGACAACGAUGAAGUCAUCUACGGGGGACUCUCCAGUUUCAUCUGUACAGGGCUCUACGAGACCUUUCUAACCAAUGAUGAACCAGAAUGCUGUGACGUCAGGAGACAGGAGCAAAAAAACAACCCAUCCAAAGGAACGGUGGACAACAGUGGCUCCUGUCACAGGACGUCGCUCACAGUUUCCUCAGCAACAAGACUGUGCAACAGCAGACUCAAACUGUGUGUUCUGGUACUGAUUCUCUUACAUACAGUGCUCACAGCCUCAGCAGCACAGAACACCACGGCACUGAGCUUUGGAGGCAUCAACACGCUGGAAGAAAGCUCAGCCAAUGAGGACUAACAGUGGAAGGACAGAGUGUCACCACAAAGUGUCACCAGAGCAGCCCUGGCCCACCAUGAAAGCGCAACUGGUCAGAUGUCACAGGGACUGGGUGCUUUUACCCUCCAAUCACUUCUUGCAGGGCCUGUAGGGUAACAUUGAAAAAGAUGGGCCUGAAUCCAAACAAGGACACAAACACAGCUUUUUAUUGACUGAAAGGCUGCCAAGUGACUUCUAUUUCUCACACCAUUUUAUACACUGUGUUUUAAUGUUUGGACGUUUAAUUUGCUUUGGUUUUGGUUUGGGUUGAUUUUGUUUGUUUGUUUUUUGCACUUGUUAAUACAGGAUUUAUUUUGGGGGAUGCUUUCUCAGAGGUAAACUAAGUCUUUUCACUGUCUUUCUCUCUCUAAUAUAUAUAUAUAUAUUUCUAGUCAUUGUGUAUGUUCAUCAGAUAGUUCUGUCUCUAUGUCCUGUCAGUUUCUAUUAGAGGAAUGAUUGCUAUGACUUUGUGGUAUAGCAAAAAAUAAACAAACAAAAAAAAUCAUAAAAAAGAAAAAAAAAGACAAAAAAAAGAAAAAAAAUUAAAAAGAAUUUCCUAACUCUCCCUCCUGCCUUGGGAACCUGCACCCUCCCCGGCCUUUCCUCCCCUGGCCCUCCUCUCUCCCCUCAGCAGACAACAUCCGCUUGCUUCUGUCUGUGUGGCCAUGGUGAAUGGGCGUGCACGCUCUGGUGGGCCUCUGAGCCGCUGUUGCACAAACCCACAACGGAGCAGACAAGGGGGUUAGCUGAACAAACAAGUGUUCCCCAUGAUAGGUGGAAUCAGACAGUUGAACACAUUUUUAUGUUGAAAACAAAAUAAAAGCAAAGAAAAUUACCAUGAACUAUUUCGCUCCCACUCCCGUUCCCCAAG